UUCGCUAAUGUAGCUAAGCUAAAGCAGAUAGAACAGCUAACGGCUAACAUUAGCCCAACGGUUGUGAUGUUAGAACCGUUAAUUUAAUGCUAUUAGUUUUAAUGCUAAUUAAUUCAACUUUGUCUACUGGGUGGAUGUUAUUGUGAAGAUGUCCGGCUUCAAAGUAAGUUCUGAAACUGUUACUCUCCGGGCGGGCAGCGACCACUCGGUGACCGGAGACCCCAGAGUGCUGGCCAACCUGCGGGCCCUGGAGCAGACCUGCCCGGUGUCCUCCUGUUUUGGCGGGGUGCAGACAGACGUCCAGCCGAGCAUGAGGAGGACUCUGGUACUGUGGAUGUUAGAGGUGUGUGAGGAGCAGAAGUGUGAGGAGGAGGUGUUUCCACAGGCGGUGCGGUACCUGGACUCUUACCUGAACCGGUUCGUCAUUGAGAAGUCCAACCUGCAGCAUUUAGGGACAGUUUGUUUGCUCCUGGCGUCCAAAAUGAGAGAACACGUUCCCCUGUCUGCUAACAAGCUUCAUAUCUACACAGACAACUCCAUUCCAGUCUCGGACAUCCUGCAGUGGGAAGUGGCAGUGGUGUCCAGGUUAGACUGGUGUCUGGCCUCUGUGGUACCCUCUGACUUCCUGGAGCCAAUUCUUCACACUCUCCCCUUUGUUUCGGCCCCCCAUCUUAAAACCUUGCGCAGACAUGUUCACUCCUACAUUGCCCUGGCAGCCACGGACUGCAGGUUCUCAGCCUUCUUGCCCUCCACUGUUGCUUGUGCCUGUGUGAGCAUUGCCAUGCAAAGGCUCAAGCUGGUGGACAAUGCUACCUCCCCAGAUUCAGUGCUGAAGUUUUUGGACAACCUUUUGGCUCCUGAUCUGAGUGAAAUGCUCCUCUGCUAUGAGCAGCUAGGGAGUAUGUUAGGGCUCAUCCUGCCUCCCUGUUCCCAUGAUGGUAUUAGCUGCACCCCUGCUGACUUUCAGGAUGUUGAAUUGACACUGGUGUCACCACCUCAGGAAAUCAAGAUUAAAACACUCCACCCUGCCAUGAAAAGUUUGAAUGAACUAUAA